CCUCUGUCGUCUCGAUCCAUACUUCCCAGGGCCCAUCCGCUGCCGUUGCUACUGCUCCUAGUCCCCGCCUGCCAUGUACCCCGUCGACUUUAGCACUGCCCCGCUUGCCUCGCCCUCCGAGACCACAGAGCAGCGAGAUGCCCGCCUCCAGGCGCUCCUCAGCGACACUGCCGACGACGGCCUGACUGCCGAGCAGCUCAUGGACCCGACCAUCUCCGGCGGCUUGACCUACAAUGACUUCCUGAUCCUGCCCGGAUAUAUCGACUUUGGCGCCGAUGUUGUCUCGCUGGACAUCCAGGUCACCAAGCGCUUCAAGAUUAAGACGCCCUUCCUCUCGAGCCCGAUGGACACUGUCACUGAGACCGACAUGGCCAUCCACAUGGCCCUGAACGGCGGCCUCGGCGUCAUCCACCACAACUGCUCGGUCGAGGAGCAGGCCAACAUGGUUCGCCUCGUCAAGAAGUUCGAGAACGGCUUCAUCGCCGAUCCCAUGUGCCUCAGCCCCGACCACACCGUCCAGGACGUUGUCAACAUCAAGGCCCGAUACGGUUUCUGCGGCAUCCCCAUCACCGAGACCGGCAAGAUGCACUCCAAGAUCGUCGGCAUCGUCACCUCCCGCGACAUUGAUUUCCUGCAGUCCAGCGAGGAGCGCUCCCGCCCGCUGAGGGAGAUUAUGACCACCGACCUCGUCGUCGCCAAGCAGGGCAUCUCCCUCUCCGAGGCCAACGCUCUCCUCAAAAAGUCCCGCAAGGGCAAGCUCCCUAUCGUCGACGAGGAGGGCCGCCUCACCUCGCUCCUCGCCCGUUCCGAUUUGAUCAAGACCCGUGACUACCCCUGGGCCUCCAAGAAGAACCAGUCCAAGCAGCUCCUCUGUGCCGCCGCCAUCAGCACCCACUUUGAGGACAAGAAGCGCCUGGCUGCCCUCGUCGACGCCGGCCUCGACAUUGUCUUCCUGGAUUCGUCGCAGGGCAACUCGAGCUACCAGGUCGAGAUGAUCCGCCACAUCAAGGACGCCUACCCUCACGUUGAUGUCGUCGCCGGCAACGUUGUCACCAAGGAGCAGGCGCGCCGUCUUAUCCAGGCCGGCGCCGAUGGCCUCCGUAUCGGCAUGGGUAGCGGCUCCAUCUGCAUCACCCAGGAAGUCAUGGCCUGCGGUCGUCCCCAGGGCACUGCUGUCUUCCGUGUCGCUCAGUUUGCCCGUCAGUUUGGCGUCCCCGUCAUUGCCGAUGGUGGUAUCGGCAACGUCGGCCACAUUGUCAAGGCUCUGUCCCUCGGCGCCUCCGCCGUCAUGAUGGGCUCUCUCCUGGCCGGCACCACCGAGUCCCCUGGCGAGUACUUUUACAACGAGGGCCAGCGCCUGAAGAAAUACCGCGGCAUGGGUUCUCUCGAUGCCAUGGAGAAGGGCGACGCUGCUGGCAAGCGCUACUACUCCGAAGGCGACAAGAUCAAGGUCGCCCAGGGCGUCACCGGCACCGUCGUCGACAAGGGCACCGUCAAGAAGUUCCUGGGCUACCUCACUUCCGGUGUCCAGCACAGUCUCCAGGACAUUGGCUGCCGCAGCAUCAGCGAGCUCAGCCAGAAGGUCGUUGACGGCGUCGUGCGAUUCGAGAAGCGCACCGCAAGUGCCCAGUUGGAAGGCGGUGUCCACGGCCUCUACUCGUACGAGAAGCGCCUCUUUGCUUAGGCGAGCUGUUGCUCGGGCGGAUCUUGGUUCAGCAUAGCAACUCUACUUGUCAUGUUAUACUGCGUCCCAUUUUAUUAUUGCUGCCGAUCUUGAAUAUCCAUCUGCAGCGAUAUUGCUCGAGCAUGCAUUGCGAAACCGCGAUCACUCUGAGCCUUUAGCCCAUCCUCUGUUCCCUUGUGGCAGCGGCUGCGAUGGCUGCUGCGCGGGGCAGCCCUGUUAUCCACUUUCCACCGACCUUCCACAUUGAGACUCUAGAUUCAGGUCUGCAAAUCCACACCGACUGAUCAUAAAAUGCAUUCCUCCAUGGACUCUGUCCAUUAUUUGACACCCUCAAUAAACGACAAUUGCCGAAAUAAUGCAGCGAUGCGGUGGAACAUGAUGGG